AUGAAUUUUAAGAAAGAAAAACUUACAUUUGAGGCAAUACCAACUGAAGAUGGUCCCUACUGCAAUGGUGCAGGCAUCGGGUCGCACCCAAUGGCCUGGGCAUCGUCGCACUAUAAGCCUCCCCUACAUGCCACGAAGCACGAUCCUGGGCCAACUGCAUCCAUGGACUUCUCACCAUCCACUUGCACAGGUCGUCAAUCCAGUGUACAUAUACCUCCUUCUGCAGUAUACCGAUAUGUUGAUUACCUUUGUCCUGGUGCUGUGGCGGUGGUUGCGCGG